AUGGAACCCAUUUGGAGAUUGGAGAGGACAUCUCUUGUCUUGGGCUAUAGCUUUGCACUUUCAUGCAAAGACACUAUGGCUCCAUUUUUACCAAACAAAACUCACAAGAAACUACCAAAGCAAAUCCAAUCCAAAGAAGAAGAAGAAGAAGAAGAGCCCGAAGAAGAGGAAUCACAUAGUGCUUCAUCAUCAUAUACACAUCAUCAAAUGUCAAGGAUGCAUAAGAACCACUUCACCAAGCAUCUCCUUCUGGUGGCCUUCUUCUUGCUUUGCUUCAUCUCUCCAUGUGCUCGAGGAAGGAGGUUGAAAGAAGUGGUUAGUGAAGAGAAGCAUGAAGUAGUAGCGGUAGAGACGAAGGAGCAUAAUUUGGAGGUUCCAUCGAAAGAAACCCAUUUGCCGGACCCCGACGAACUCGCCGGGAUGGACUAUACUCCGGCGAGGAAGAAGCCUCCGAUUCACAACUGACCGGCGGCAGGAAGAACAAUUCUUUGAAUUUUUUUGUUGGUGGGGGGUAAAGUUAGCUAGUAGAUUAGAGCUAUUUAUAGAGCUAAAUAUAUAUAGCUAUGGAUGGGAGUAUAUAAAUAUACACAAAUUGGAUACUAUUUAUAUAGCUAGUUAAUUAGUGGAGAUAGAUUUUGGAGAUGGGGAUUGAGAUUGGGGAAGGAUUGGUUUCUUUAAUUUUGUUUCUUCUUCUACCCAUUAUGUAAAUGUGUGGAAGAGGAACUUCAUCAUUACUUGAAAUGAUCAGAAGGGUUUUGUGCUUUACACUAGAAAGAUCAAGGGAUUUGUGAUGGCAAUUCAAUACAUAU